AUGUCAGAACCUGAUGUCGGAAUGCCACCUGUGAAAGCUCAAUGGUAUUUUCGCCAGUUGCUUAAUGGACUGCAGCAUAUUCACAGCAUGGGUGUAGUUCACAGAGAUAUCAAACCAGAAAAUCUUCUACUUACAGGACAAGAUAUUUUGAAGAUAUCUGACUUUGGAAUGGCAACAGUUUUUCGACAUAGUGAUCGAGAACGUAUGUUGAAUGCGACCUGUGGAACACUUCCGUACGCAUCUCCGCAAGUUAUAAAGGGACUAUACAAAGCUGAACCAGUGGACAUAUGGUCAUCAGGAAUUGUACUCAUUGCAAUGUUAGCCGGAGAGCUUCCCUGGGACUCUGCCUCCAACGACUGCCCUGCGUACAAGGAGUGGGUCACUGGAAGCGUAGCCCUUACUGAAGCGAAUCCAUGGAAAAAAAUUGACAACGCAGCAUUAUGUACGUUGAUAAAAGCUAUGCUAAUCCAUGACGAAAAUACGCGGGCAACCUUGAAGCGAAUCAUGGAGCAUCCGUGGACCAAUGCAGAUUUCGGUAAUAGCUGUUUCCUUUAUUUUCUUAGUUGUUUUCUAGUUUAUGUUGUUAGUGCCUUAUCUUAUAUUCUGAAUGGUUUAUUCACCUUCCAUUCAAUUGUAUUCUAAUU